AUGCCUCCAGUCACCCUUCUCACCACGCCCGGGGCACGCAACCUCAAUCACAAGGUUCUUGCCAAGAUUCCUGGGCUCCUGUUCCUCGAUAACGGCGACUUCCUUCUAGGCGAUGAGAUGUCAUGCGCCAUGUUGCUGGGAAAGACGAUGAAGAACGACCGCAAGCUCCCCAAGAACCCGAACGCCAUCAAGUUCUACAUUCACAGAAUCUCCAAGAGACUCUAUGGCCUCAUCCUGGAGGCGAAAAAUCAUCUCUUUGAGCUCAAGAAGGGAAACACCAGCCUCCGUCGCAUCCUCAACAAUCACCGCCAGCAGGAGUUCUGGACCUUUGUCUUUGGCCAGCUUCGAGUGAACCGCAGAUGGGACGUCUUCACUCCCCACGGCCCGCAGGUCGAGGCCCUCCUUGACCGCUUCUGCGACGCUCGCAGAGAUUAUCUCCUCGCCCGCGCUCCCAACGCCGCCGACGACGAGGCUGCUAAGAACCCCGCCGAAUUGGUCGGCUUGUUCUACGCCAUCCCCGAUGACUCCGACCUUCUGUUCGCUCCGUCCCCUCCAGGCCGGGCCCUCUCGCCUGUCGACGACGCCAUUGCCAGCGCCGUCACUGUCGACAAGAAAGAGUCCCCUGACACCACUGCCGAGGAGCAGGAGAGUGAAGAAGACGAUACUUCCCUUAACAGUUCUCUUGUGACGAUGCAGCUCUGGGCCAUCGUCCGGCCCAUCGUAAACAGGGAGAAGGAGAGACUUGGCCUUCGCACCUACGAACACAACGAGUUGGCCGAAUUCCUCCGCAUGAACACCAAGUAA